UUAAUGAUAUGCUUAUAAUGGAAAUGCAGACGUCGCCACAUCUUAGCCAUGGGCUAGCGACACUCUCGCCGGUACACCACCUAGUACACCAGCAUCAGCAUCAGCAUCACAAUCAGCAUCAGCACCAACACCAUAUUAUCCAUCAAUCCCAAGCCCAAGCCCAGCACCAACAGCAUCAACAACUCCCACAGCAAAUGGGCGGCUCAUCAACAUUGCACACACUCCAAAGCAGCUCCACAGCCAGUGAGCACCUCCUCGCCGUCAGCAUCAGCACCCAUCAGCAUCAGCAUCAGCAUAGCCAAGUCUAUACCACGACAUCGUUGGAUGACAAGUCUAAGGAUCAAAAGUUUGACGAAUACUCGAGCGGCUUAGUGCGCGGAAUAUCAACGCCGACGAUCCAAGAAUCGGCUACGCUGGCUGGAAACAGUUUUCUGGGCCAGUCGCAGGCGCAGAAUGUGGAAUGGAUAACAGCCAUGGGUGAUGCCCAACACAACACAGAAGAUUCGCACAGUUCACAAGGCAGCAUUUCUGGAGAUGGUCACGGGGGCGUCAAUCAAUUGGGAGGCGUGUUCGUUAACGGUCGGCCCCUACCCGACGUCGUCCGGCAGCGAAUCGUGGAGCUGGCCCACAACGGCGUCCGUCCGUGCGAUAUAUCCCGCCAGUUGCGUGUGAGCCAUGGCUGCGUUUCAAAGAUAUUAUCAAGAUACUACGAGACUGGUAGCUUUAAAGCAGGCGUCAUAGGCGGCUCCAAGCCGAAGGUCGCAACCCCGCCCGUAGUUGAUGCCAUUGCGAACUACAAGAGGGAAAACCCAACAAUGUUCGCCUGGGAGAUUCGGGAUCGGUUGCUGGCAGAGGGAAUAUGUUCGCAAGAUAAUGUCCCCAGCGUGUCCUCAAUAAAUCGGAUCGUUCGUAACAAAGCAGCGGAAAAGGCAAAACACGUACACCAUCACCAGCAGCAGCAGCAAAUGCAGCCGAGCCUGAGCAAUGGACACAUUGGCAAUGAGAGCCUUGACAGCAGCACGGGCGCUGUCAGCGAGCAGCAAGCGCCCAGCGCCGGCGGCAACGGUAACGGCAACGGCAGCAACAACUCCAGCAGCAACAACAACAACAACACAAAUACUUCAGCGUCGGUCGUGGCGCGUACAACGGGAUUGGGCGCAGUUGCGGCGCAAGAAACGGGCGCUGCCGUCAGCAACAGCGCUGCUCCGCACAAUGGGAACAGUAGUAAUGGGAACAGUAGCGGAACAACGAGUCAACAGGGCACAGAGCAGCGAUCGUCUGGAUCGGGAUAUAGCAUAAACGGCAUACUGGGCCUACAGCACGGCCAUCAUAUACACAACAACAACAGUAGCACAAAUAACAAUAACAAUAAUAACAACAAUACCUCGGAUUCAAAUUGCAAGCGCAAACGAAAUGAAGUUCAUGAUGAGAACCGAGAUGUUAACAUGAAUUCCGAAGAGGAUGUAAAGCGACAGCGCUUAGCCUACGGCGGAGAUCAGAUAUACACAAAUAUUUGGUCUGGAAAAUGGUGCAUCAAGGAUGAGCACAAGCUGCUGUCGGAGCUUGGUAAUUUCACAACGACCAGCACAAGUAGCGCACCUGCCUAUUUCGAGGCUCCAAAUGGAUAUUCGACGAGCACAAUACCCUGUGCGGGAGUCGGCGGUGCCGUGGCGGCGAAUGACUCGUCCAUGAUGUACGACAGCAUAGCCUCGAUAUCGCAGGGCCAGAGCACGCUGUACACGCCGCCAAUCGGACCCUCAAUCGGCAGCAGUUCUUUGACGCCAUUAAUGCCUUUAAGCUUGCAAGACAUGAAAUUCAGUGCAAAUAAUCAGGAGCAAACCAUUUCGCCUUUUUACACAGCGUGCGGCUCGGUAGUGCCAAGUGCCGAUUACGCCUAUAGUCCCGCCUAUACACAAUAUGGUGGCACCUAUGGAUCAUACAGCUACGGCACUAGCAGCGGCCUAAUAAAUUCAUCGUACUACUAUGAAGGCGGCCAGAAUCAGGCGUCCCUCAACCAGGAUUUACGCUCCCCGCUUGCCGCGACCAGAGCCAACUCUCUGGUCUCCGCCGCAUCGCCGACGGGCAGUGCGUGCACAAAGUCGGAGACAUCAGAUAUAUUUCUUGUUUAGUGUAGUUCAAACAGAAGGUGACAAUUAUUAUUGAUCGACCAAUCAUUGGAAUGCCGGAUGGAUCUUCGUCAGAGCAGACAGUGUCCAAAGAUGCAAACUGGAAGGAAGAACACGGAGCGUUUAGAUUUAACAACUGUUCCAAAGAAACAUACAUAUAUAUAUAGAUAUAUAUAUAUAUGUGUGUGUUAGCUAUCUGUACAAGUACUUAAACGUAUUUAUCUAAAAGUAGGCAAGAAAAGAAAGACAACGAGUCUGUUGUUAUUCGAAUGGAAGAGAUGAACUGAACUCAACGAGAACAAUUCUCAUACAUUAGUUUAUUUGCAUUUAAAAAUUGAUUGGUACGUACGUUCGAAAUAAUUGCAUUUCGGGAUGAUGAGCAGCGAACGAUACUUCAACCAGACCUUAACAUACUAAUAUGUAUUAAUAAUUAUUAAGAUUACAAAAUAAUAUAUCAACUAAGAAUGUCGAAUGUCGAAUGAAACCCGACUCAAUACUCGGUUCACAUCGUAGUUACCGAUUAAAUCAGUCGAAACAAGAAAGAAUUCUAGCUCUAGACGGGAGUGCCCAAUUAGGAGAUACCCUGUACCCUGAACCCAAAUGAUAAACAUAUAAAUAUCUUAUCUUCUAUGCAUACCCAUUCGAUAUUUAUGAAAUCUGCAGGGCCUGGAAAAUGGCCCACAAAAUUGUGUUCAUAUCAAAUCGCAAGGCUUUUAAUUUCCAUUACGAAUCUUCCAACUUUGGGGGGAAUGGUAAGAGCUAUCCAAAAGAUAAAUAUUUGUAAUCUGUUUUACUAUACGAGAAACUACAUACACAAUUUGGCAUAUCAAUCUAUUACCAUGUCUCCAGUUCGAUUUUUGUCGAUAUUUUAAGGAUGGGUAGGAUAAAUCAAAAGGAACGAAAAAGAAGGGCUAUCUUCGGCACGCCGAAGAUUUAAUACCCUUGCAGACCCAACCUUUUCAUAAUCCUCAUAGUGCUUGGCCCGGGGGAAAAAAUUGUCAAAGUUUAAGGGAAAAUAGUUCGAUCGUUCUAAUGGCAGCUAUAUGAUAUAGUGGUCCGAUGUAAAUAAGAUUUGGCAUAAAUACAGGGAACAUAGUGAAACUUAUAAAUCGCGAGUUUGGUCAAGACUACCUGAAAAAUAAAAAACGUUUCCAUACAGCAAGUUAAUUUUCGACCGAUCGUUCCUAUGGCAGCUAUAUGAUAUAGUAGUCCGAUGUUGAUAGGAUUUUGCAUAUAUAUGAGGAGCAUAGUAAAACUAAUAAUUGCCGAGUUUGGUCAAGAUAUCUUGAUAAACAGAAAAGUUUUCCAUACAAGAACCUACUUUUCGACCGAUCGUUCCUAUGGCAGCUAUAUAAUAUAGGUGUUCGAUCCAGCCGAUUCUGACAUAUGUACUGCGUGCAACACAAAGAGGAACUUCUGCAAAGUUUCAUGGCGAUAGCUUUAAAACUGAGAGACUAGUUCGCAUAUCGACUCGGCUUUUGAUACUGAUCAAGAAUAUAUAUGCUUUAUGGGGUCGGAAAUGUCUCCUUCUACGCGUUACACAUUUAACGACAAAAUUAUGGUACCCUCUGCAAAAUAUAUAAAUGAUAAGCUUGUUCUGCGUAUGGUACAGAAGACUAUAUAUUUUGAAGUCUCCAGGUUUUGUAGUUUCUGAUAGACAGAAAUGAUUAGAUCGACAUUCUGAUCAAGAUUAUAGAUACUUAAUGCUUCCUUCUGCCUAUUAUUGUUACCUUUUUAUUUACCGAUUAGGGUAUUCGUCUUCUUCCUUUUUUAUGUUGGUCACUCCAAGACUUUGCAUACUGGAACUUUAGCAAAAAUCGAUUGUUACACUUUGUGAACCAAGUAUAGUACAUUAACUGGUAACGAGUAUAUGUACUCAAAUGUUUUGUUGUAGCAAAAUAAUAAAUAAUAAAAUUCACCUUCUUAAUAAGAUACAGAUUGAAACCAAAAUCUCUACCAAGAGAAACUCAACCAAAAACUAUGUAUGCAAGUUUUUCGAAAACUUUUAAAAUUAUGUAAUUUAUGUGCUAGGCUUAGAUUUAGAUUUAUAUUAUAUCAAAUUUACGUGCAUAAUUAUAAUAAUUACCUAUAUGUAUGUACAUAUGUUAAAAUUGUACAUAGUGAUCGUAUAAAAGAAUGUUAUUUUAAUUAUUACAUAUUUUUGUUAGAGGCAAAACAUUUUUUCGACGAGGCUCGUAAUUGAGAAAAGAAAACAAAUCAAAUCAUAUAUUAACUGAUAUUUAAAACGAGCCUUGCAUAUUUCAUCCAAGAAUAUCCAAGAAUACCUUUCGACGAGCACUAAAAAAAAAACAAAACAAAAUAAAAUUAAAAUUGGUUGGCAAAAUGGAAUACGUUCAAAACUUAUAUUUUAAUUUAAACAUAAUAUUAUUUACGCAAACACCCACAGAAUAAUAAUAAUAAUUUUAGUGCUGGUGUAUACAUCGAACUGUAUUUGUACUCGUUAAUGUAAUUCGUGGAUGUAAUAGAAUAUAAGAAAGCACAAACCAAAUUCUGUAUAAAUACAUACAUACACGGUAAAUACUAUUCAAAUGCAUAUACAAACAUACAAACUAAAAGCAAAACACAUAAGAACAUAGGGCAUGAUUUAAAUAAACAUGGCGAAACUUAUGCUAA